ACAGUGCGUCCGCGGAGACGCACUGUUGCCAUGACGACCAUGAAUACUCGCAAGGCUGCCGCUGCUGCUGUGACCGUCAUAACCUCAAACGGAGGCAAAGUAAGGACGUCGGUGUACACCAGAAAAAGUUCCCCAGACUCCGAGAUGGAGGCAGCUUGCAAAACAGAAACAUCUAAAAAGAAAACGCCUACUUUGGAGCUGGCCGGUGUGACACAGCUUCCAGAGAGCACCAAUUGCCUGGCGUGCUCGGAAGACGGCAGGUACCUCAGCCUGGGUCACUGCCAGGGUUUGUCUGUGUGGUGUGCGUCUUCUCUGAGCCGUGUUGCAGAGUGGCUGCAGGACAGACUGGAAAUUACAUCUAUUCAAAUGACCAGGACAGCUGAGAUGUUCUAUCUGCUUGGCACUGUUGAUGACAUGGGUGUUGCCAGAGUCUUUGUAUAUCACUGUGAAGGCAUUCACCUCCUCAGUGCUAUUAACAACAUGGAAAAUAUCAACAAAAGGAGCAUCUGCUUGACAUUUGAACUGUCUGAAGGGGGAGAUUAUGGAGCCGCAUCAAUGAGCUGCAGUGGUGCUCUGUGGCUUGAGGUCUAUCACUUCCCGUCAGAAUCAUGGCUGAAAGAGUUAGAGAUGGCACUGUCACAGAAACAGCAGGACCGAAGCUCAUCUGGAGAUGUGGAAGUGAAAUGGUCUCCAAUUGCAGUGGUGAUUAGAAUUAAGCCACCCACAAUCCCUGCAGGGACAGCAUUGGAUGAUCCACUUGAGGUCUUGCAGAUGACGGACUUUUUAACACACUGCCUGGCUCUGGAUGUAGACACCAGCAGCAGUCGUCAGUGGGAGGAAGCGGCUUUUGAUGCAGAUGCAGGAAAAACAAAGGAAACAAAUGAAAGCCCAAGACGUUGCACCCACCACUUUCUUCUGUCUUGUGGUCAGUUUCCUGGUGUCAGUAAAGCAAAGUCUCAGCCAGGGUUGUCUGUUGCUGUCUGUGUGUGGUGGAGUGGCAGCCAUAAUCUUCUUCAGUAUUUGCUGCAAAAAGCGCCAAAGAACAAAGCAGAUGUGGAACCCAUGCCAGAUGUGUUGUGGCCAAAUGCAAAGGAAAUCCUCUGCUCUGCUGUCAGUAGAUGCACCCGUUACAUAGCUCUUGGGCUUGAUGAUGGUUUGGUGUGUGUCUGGGACAGGCAGUUGGGGUCUCCGUUGUCUGUUGUCCCGGUAUCAGCUACAGACACUGCCUUCUCCUGUAUGCAAUUUGUGGAUUACUGGCCUGUGUCGGCUAAUGAUUCCCAGACUUUUACCGAAGCAAAAGUGAAUCUUUUGGUGUUGUGUAAAAGUGGAACAAUUCAUACUGUCACCACAGGACGAGGGACACGAUCCUGCACAGUGCAGCUCACUGAAAGGCCAAAACACAGCGGGGACCUCCCAACUGUCACUGCAUCAGUGCCAUUCCUGCAGAGCUUGUCGCUUGUGGUGCAAAGAAAUGGAAAAAUGUUUCUCCAAGAUGUCAUCAACAAAACCACCGUGUGCUUCUUGAUUCCUCCCCCAACUCAUCUGAUUGCUACUCCCUGUAGUCCUGUUUAUGCCCUGAACACCAAACAACAAACUCUGUUCAUAAAAGCAGGUGACCAGGACCCCGGCUGCAGUGCGUCUUCUAAAGAAGGAAAGCAGAGUCAGCUAUUCACCUUCCGUUUUGGAGAAUCUGACAUCUUUAAGCAGUAUAUUGUUUCACUUCCAGACUCUCCGCAACAACAAAAAACACUGAGCUGUGUCACUCUAGAAAAAGCCUGCAACGUCUACCUUCAGCAAAGAGUGGCAUCCGGUGGGGAAAGGAACAAAGCUAUAACGCAGACCUGGAAGCAGCUACAGGAAACUGCAGGGAUGGUACAACAGAGACACAGCAGGGCUGCAGCCAGCUGAAGAACUGCAACGAUACGUAGAUUCAUUGAUUGAUAGAGCUACUAUUGUACAUGGUGUGUUCAUUUUAUGUUGUUUUAAAGCUUCUUCUGAUUCCCACUUCCACUGCACUAUUCUCCUUGAUACACACUGCUCAUUUAAACACAGAUGUAAUAUCUGUUAUAUUUCCUUUUUUCUUCAUUUUUACACAGGGAUGCUGUUUAAACAAUUCAUACCGUCAUACCUAAUGAAUAUAUAAAUGGUAUAGUCAUGUUUUGUUUGUGUAGCUAUAAAUACAUAUAGCAAAUGAUCAAAUAUAACAUUUUCUCCAGGGCUUUAAAAAAUGAAGGCAGUGCCACAACCCC